GUCUCUGUUAAAUCACGUCACUGUGACACUAGGUGGCACAGGCACACAUGAUCUCCAUGUUCCUUAAGGAUGAGUGAAUUGUAGAGAAUGCUUCCUGUUACCAAUUUUUGGCAUGGAAAGAGAGGAACCAAACCACAGGUUGGUUGAAUGCCUUGUGCUAAGAAUAGGUGAAUGCAUCAAUAAAAUAAGUCGUGUAUACAGCACAGCCAGGCCUCCUGUCAGCAAUACUGCUCUACUGUGGUAGCUGAAAGUGGCUACAAAUGACUAACAUUAGUGUGAGACUUUGUUGUUAGAUGACGUGAGAGCCAUGAAGUGAAAGAGAAUCUUUGUGACAGAGUAUCUAACAGUGCAGGUAGAUAAGGCAGGAAAGAUAAGUGUAAGGAAAGAUAAGGAGAAAGGUAGGAAAGUAAAACCACUGUUUUUCUCUAGUUUUCUACCUAGUGAAAUGAUAAAGAAAGAUCAAUUAGACAUAGGUUAACAAAAACUUUAAUUAAGAAAACUAGGAGUUAAAAUGCACGUUGUCCAAAUCCCAUUACACUACCUUGAUCUUCUUCAGCAUAUGUGCAAUGAGAUCUCUCACCCUAGACAGCUCCUCCAGUGGGCACGAAAUCUGAAAAUCAAUUAUUUGCUGUUUAUGCUGCUUAUCAUUUCCAGAUGAAAUUCUACAAGAUAAUUAGAGUGAUGUCCUUGAAGAUCUACUCUUUCGUCUGUUUAAGCUUCCAGAUGUAUUGCUUAUCUAUGAUAAAUAUCCUUCCUACCUACAAGGCUUCUAUAAUAAGAGUAACGUUUUCUACAGUAAUCAGUAAUCAAUCAGUAGAAAGUAGGUGAAGGCUGGGUGUUCCUAGACAACCUGGGCCCAUACAUGGACAAAAUGAGGAGGGGGACACCUCCCUAAAUGACAGCCAGAGAGCACUGAAGACCCACAAGCAAGCACAGAAGGUUCAGAUAUGUUGGUGUAACCUUGUAAAUGCAGUAAUCUUGUGAAUAUGUAAUGGAUAGGUGUGCCUUAUAUAUUAGAUAGGCGAGUAUUGAAAACGUUUGGUUUAUGGAUAUAGAUAGUACUAUUAUCCACCUUUCACCUGAGCAUAAAUAAAGCAGUAUCUCUUCUCUAAUGCCUUGUCUUUUCAUUGUAUUUCAGGAGACUUUGAAACUGAAAACAGGUGUGCAGCUUGUGAGCACUCAGUGCACACAGUCAUUUUGUCCACAGUGCCUUCAAGCCUCCUCUGCACUGGGGUGUGGUGUGACAAAAAGUGCAAACACUGCUUUUGCAAAAGACCCAGACCACGGGCUGUACUAGGGAACAUGUCUGCCUGGAGCACAGUGCCCUGGGGAGUGCUGCUGGUACAGUAGUCCUGGAUGAGUGGCUUCCUUCUGUAACCACUUUUAAUUGCACUAGAAGCAUACCAGCAUGGUGGAGGAGAGCUGGGUCCCAAGAGCCUUUCUUUCAAAUUCAUUCAGAACUCUAGAUUUUAGGCAGGGUGUUGUAGCUGUAAAGCCCAGGAAGAAAAGAUUUAAAGCUCUACUCAGCACUAGAAAGACUGGAGCCAAAAUAAUGCCAUGUUGCACCUAUGGCACUAGAGACAAAGGGGAGCUUCAGGGCAAGACUUGAUGUACUGGGUGUUGAGGAGUCCUCAGACUCUAGUGUCAGGGGGAUGUGCCACAACUCUACUCUGCCCCAACCUGCAGCCUGAAGUGUCAGUGCAAAUGUCUCCUGCAUAGGUUAGGCAUCCUCUUCUGAAAGCCCUUGGUCUUUGCACACUUUAUUCUGCAGCUGCAGCAGCAACCAAAGGAAAAUUAGGUCUUGCUUUGAAAGCCAGCCCCUUCCAGCCAUGACUGGACCCUUCUCACUCCAUCUCCGUGGAUGAUGCUCCCACAGCAGCUGGGAGAGACAGAGGCUAGGGGAACACUGUAGAGGCACAGGGCAGGAGGGAUGGCUUUGAGACAGUGAUAUACUCCAUGGCUCGUUCUUCCCCUGCCUGAGUGCCACUGGUGCUGCUCAAUGGUCACACGCCACCAAAGUCCAUAUUCAUCUUUAAAUGCUGCUGAGAAUUCAACCUUUCAUAAAUCAUCUGCUUUGACAAAAUCGACAUUCAAAAAUUAAUAUUUUCUCUUCCAUCUCCUACUUUUACAGGCUGGCUCAAGAAAAUGGGAAGCCUAAUGUGGACUUGGGUCUUACUAAUCCAUUUCACUGGGAAGUGGCAGAUGGUAGCAUUGUAUUUUCUGGCAUAGUACAGGAGUGGGUCUGGUAGUACCUCUUUGGAAAGGAAAAUCUAAGCUUGUACGUUUUGAGCUAAGCUCCAUUGGAUUUCUUAGUUCUGUUAGUUUCAACUCCACUCCUGUGUAAACUGUUUCAUUUUUAAACUCGGAAACUGAAAAUAUGGAAAUGCUUGGAAAUUUACUAUGAUUUUGGUUCAGGUAUGUGUAUGCAGGAAAUGUGCUACCUUCCAAAGUAAGUUACUUUAUUCUAGAAAUGGGGUGACUUCACUUUUAUUCACUUGUAAUUCACAGUGAGAUAAACCCAGCACAUAAGGAAAACAGCCUUUCUUAAACUGUGAAAAGCAUACUCCACUACUUCGAUGUAAUUUUUAAUAUACUUCAGCAUGGUGAAUUUGAGGAUUUUUUUCUAUUGUUAUGUGAAUUUCAACAGAAAUGGUCAGGAACGAAAAUGAAAUCUGAAAAAAUAUUUUUUCUUAGCUUUGCAUGUGUUAUCUUCAAGGGUAAUCAUUGCCCUAAACAGUAUACAUACGGUAAUUUCUGACUCUUUCUUCUUCAUGAACUCAUCAGAAAGGGACACUCAUACUGAUAGUCUGUACAGUGAGCCAAGGACAGAUAUUUCACCUAUGUCUUCUCUGCAUAGCAUUUUAUAUAUUAGGUCUUGCUAGUGCAUUACAACUGAACGAAAUACAAUCUCUUCAGUGAUGACUUCAUGCAUGAUUGAAUAAAUGUGGCUUCAGGGCUGUAUUGUUGACUUACAUCAUCCAAUUUUGUCAUCUGCAACUGCCAGCUCCUCUACCCAUAUACGAAUAUAGGAAGGGAUUUUGUACUAUGUGUUGCUGGGAUGUAGCAGCAUUUUUCUUUGAAUUUUUUUUUUUACAGUUGCAAUGCCUACCAGGCUUAACAGCCCCACUUGCUUCAGAGAUAUUGCUGUAAAAAGAAAAAGAGAAGUUUCCCAGCCAGUAUUUCAUCAAGUUAAAAAAAUCUAAAAGUUUAGACUGUACAGUUUGGAUUGCUUCAUGUUGACAUCAUUUAAGAUUCUGAUAACCUAUAGAAGCUUUGGAACAACUCCUAAUAUAUGGUAAAUGCUCUUAUUACCUAAGCGUGAUAAAUCACUACCAGGUUUCCAAAAAUAUGUGCUGAAAUCGAAAAAGAAAUUAUGGAUCCCAUGAAACUGGAUCUGUAGUUCAGGUUCUGCAGACUCUGGUAUGGCAGGGUUGAAGUGGAAUGAUUGUUGUAGUUCGUGUCUCAGAGUCAGACACAAAUCAGUAAACAGAUUUUGUAAACUGUUGCCUAUCACCAGAUGAGCAGUAAGUAAUCUCAACAUCCAGUAUAACAGAUCUGUAAGAGUUAGGGUUGAAAGCAUCAUGAAGUUUAUUUUUUUCUACAACAAAGCAGGCUCUCUGUACCUGUCUAGCCACAUUGUCUCAGGCGAAGUUUAUCACCAAUUCUCAUCUCCAUCAAAUUUUCAGAAUCACAGAAAGUAGGGUGGGAUUGUUGGAAGGGAUCUCUGGAGAUCAUCUCGUCCUACCCCAUAAUGAAGCAGGUUUCUUACAUUAGGUGGCCUAGUGUGAGCAAAAGCCCUGCUGUUAGCACUCACUAUAAAAAGCAAGCCUGGAGUGAAGACCAACAUCAAUUUGUUUUGCAUCAAAACUACAACAGGCAAAAAAGUGUCUAAGUUUCAGGAAGUGUGAACAGUUCACAGAAGAUGGAUUAUUGUGGAGAGAGUAAAUAUGUGCAAUUUUUGUUUCCUCAAAUAUAUCACCACUGCAAAGGAAAAUCAUAGAAUGAUGGAAGGUGAUGGAGGCCCAGGCUGGGGCCCCAACACAUGCAGUGAUGGUCGGUGGGUCACCGACCAAGGGGUUGUGAUGUCAGCAACGGAGAUGACUGUGACCUCGCUAGCCCUCCCUGUAGAGAUUCAGGCUCUGGCAGAGGCCAGCGUGCACUUGUGCCUGGACUCCAGUUGAGCAUUGCUGCGAGACUUGGAGCACUGAGCGAGUUGGUUGCGUUGAGCUGUGGGGCUGCUGGCACCAGUUCUUGGUGCCCGUCCCACAGUAUCAGCAGCGUUUCCCCCAGCCCUGCCCACCUUGGGCAGCUGGGGCCGCACAGGGUGCGCUUGUAGCGGCAGAGUUCGUAACACCUUCUGCUUGCUGCAGCACCAGUGAGGGGAGCAGCUUCCCGACCUCAGCUCUCCCCAGCCCACCGCACAGCCCGGGGCCAUGGACGUGGCAUCCGAAUGGAUCUGCCCCAUCUGCGGGCAAAUUCGGGAAGAUGUCACCUACGUGACCCCUUGCCAACACCAGCUGUGCUACGGCUGUGCCAUCUGGUGGGCAAACAGGAAGCCGAGUUGUGCCGUAUGCGGGCACAAAAUAUCCACCAUCCGAUACUCGGUGAGGUCGGAUGAUGACUACCUUGAGUGUGCUGUCCCGCAGCCCGCAGCGCACUCAGAUCAAGGCCUGCAGGACGAGCAGGGGCCUGCAGAGCCGGUGCUCAUCCCACCCGAGCACAGCUUCCCAGCCGAGGUCUGGGCUGCAUUUUUCAAGGAGCACCCAGAAGACCUCGAACCCCUGCUCCAGUGGCUGCAGGAGGAGAUCCAGCAGGAGUCCAGCGAGGACUGGUGGGAAGUCUAUGCCGGACAGUGGACCACCAUGAACCUCCUCUGUGAGCAUGGACUGGACGAGGAGGCCUUGGUGCGGGAGCUGCAGCUGAUCACCAACGGUGAUGUGGUGCCCUUCGUGAGAAGGCUCAUCAGCACUGCCGCAGCUCUGUACGGCCCCACGAUCCGCCACGAGCUGGACCACCAAGUCAGCCAUGCUGCUGGAGGAUGGGAGGACAGCCCUGCAGCCAGCGCCAUCACCAGUGCCUCCCAUCAGGAGCCUCCCGCUUUGGGCCCAGGCUGUUCCACCAGCCUCGCAGGGCCCAGCACCGAGGAGCUGCCCGGCAGCUCUACUGGGGGACCCGGGCACCCCAGCACCGCCACCGCGCCCUCAGAGGAGGAGCCGCAGGAGGAGCCAGGGCAGGUGGCGGCAGCGGGCCCCUCCGCCCAGGGCAGGGACCGCUCGUGUGGGGGGCCCCGAUGCCCCGCAAAGAGGAAGGCCAGCAGCAGCCGCCAGGACUCGCCCCCACCCCGCAAGAGGCGGCCCCGGCGGCGGCGCUAGGCCGGCACCGCACUGCCGUCAGAGCGUGGCUCCAGUAGGCUGGGAGGACGACAUCUACCUUUCGGCCUGCUGCUUGCAAACAAAAUAAACAUCUGUUACAACAAAGAAGAAAUAGUGUCUGUCUUAUUGACAAGGCCAUUGGCGUUGCUGUCCCUACCCAUGAUGUUUCCUCCAUAUUCUGGUCCUUGGGGAGGGCGUAGAAACGCAACCUUAUUUCCACCACCAUGAAUCGGCACUCAUGGCAGUGCUAACAAAACAUGUGAGGGCCCCCAUUCGUUGGGAGUUGGAGCAGACAUUACUCCAAUAAUCCCACCAUUUAAACUAGCGGGUGGAAGGGCAAAUUUCUCCACCUGGGGUGGAACACCUCCUGGCCACACCGCAGCUGGGGCCACCCGGCUGGACAGGACCCAGGAGUCCUGCCGGACACUCUGCUGAACCGGCAAGGAGCGCUGCCCGCAAAGGUGAGUGCUGGGCUGGGCUGCACGAGGUGCCAGCCUGCUGCCAGUGUGCAAAGGGCGGUGAUCCUGCCCACCUGCUCAGAUCUAAGGAGGCCGCAUCUGGAGCACUGGGCUCAGCGAUAGGCUCCCCAGUGCAGGGGAGACCUGCCCUUAAUCAUCUUGCACAUCCUCAACCCUGGGAUGUGCUAACUGUCCCUGCCCCAACCGCCCAGGGGUUGCUCAUCUUGAUGUUGAGUUUGGAGGGCACAGGGGCUUGCUGUGAGGAGCAGGGCUUUUCUCCAGCCUCAGAGAGGAGCCAGUCUGCCAUGCAAGUGUGACAUUCCCUUGUGCCUCACAACUAUUGACCCACCUAUCAUUAGGUUUGCAUGUCCUGGUAAGCUUUUGGCUUCAUUAAACAUUAAAAAAGUCAUUAAAACAAUGGAACACACAAAAAACCCAGGCACCCCUGCCACACACAUUCUCUGUGACACAAGACGACCUACAAUCAUGACUAGAAUUGAAAGAACAGAUAGUUAUACGUGGUCCAGACCUAACCUCAAAAAUCUUUGCUUCUCCUGCAUCUGUCACCACAAGGACAUCGAAUCUAGGCUUCUAUCUGAAUAUAUUUACUUUUUGUUGGACAUGAUCCAUUUCAGUAUUUCGUACCAGUUGUGCAUGGAAUAUUUGUUUUGGUAUUUACUUGGUUUUUUCCAAGUACUCAUCUUUGGAAAUCAGAAGACUGGCAGAUCAUAGCUAACAUAAUAUCCCAAUCAAGAAAUACGAAAGUACGUACCUAUAACCUCACUUGCAAACCUCACCAGCUUCCUUGCCAUGUAGAGUGGAUCUUCACGACCUUCAAGCAUUCAAGCAAACCAGCAGAGGAACACGUUUUCAUCUGAGCCUCUCAUAGACUUAUGCAGGGCGGGGAUGUAAUUGUAAUUGUUCUUUUCCUGUUUAGAAUGGAGGAGCAGAGAUAUGGAGAAAUAUAUGAAGGAAAAGGAGCAAAAUACAUUUAGGAAAAUAGAAUGUACUUUCUUGGAUCAUAGAGGGUAAACAUAAUCUACUUCUCCAAGGUCUCUUUAAUACAGAUUAUGCUGUUCAUCCGUGUUUUCAGCACCUUCAUGCUCUCACGUGUGGAUCACCGCACCAACAGAUCAACAGCAGAUAAAGGAAAGAAUGGUUUGUUCUGUUGCUUAAACAUUACAGGGUAAACGAUACCUUGCGACCUUUCCUUGAAAGAAAGGAAAAGAAGUUGGAAAGAAAACCUUAUAUCUAUAUCUCCUAAUUCACACAAACUAAGGUAUGAGAACAUACAAGCCAUGAAACAUGUCCUUGGGAUCUAUACACAGAGCACUG